AUGUCCCAGAGUCCCUCUAGCAAACCUCCCAGAGGCCCCUCUCCAGACCUCCCAGAGGACCCUCUCCCGAACCUCCCAGAGGUCCCUCAUCAACCUCCCAGAGGUCCCUCUAACGAACCUCCCAGAGGUCCCCCUCUGAAAAACCUCCCAGAGGUCCCUCCGAUGUCAACAACCUCAGACCACAAACCUCCCAGAGGCCCCCUAACAAAUGUCCCAGAGUCCCUCUGGCAAACCUCCCAGCAGGUCCCUCUAACAAACCUCCCAGACGGUCCCUUUAACAAGCCUCCCAGAGAGGUCCCUCUAAGAACCUCCCAGAGGUCCUCUAACAACCUCCCAGAGGUUCUCAACGAACCUCCCAGAGGCCCUCUAGGUUCAUGCUCUACAACCUCCCAGAGGUCCCUCUCUAAACCUCCCAGAGGUCCCUCCAGGCACUUGAACCUCCCAGAGGUCCCUCUAACGAACCUCCCAGAGGUCCCUCUAACGAACCUCCCAGAGGCGGCCCCUCUGUUCAACCUCCCAGAGAGGUCCCUCCUACAACCUCCCAGAGGUCCCUCAGAACCUCCCAGAGGCCCCUCUGGAAUGAACCUCCCAGAGGUCCCUCUAACGAACCUCCCAGAGGCCCCUGAACUUAGCAACCUCCCAGAGGUCCCUCUAACAGAACCUCCCAGAGGUCCCUUUGAUGAAUGUCCCAGAGUCCCUCUAGCAAACCUCCCAGAGGCCCCUCUAAGGGGAACCUCCCAGAGAGGUCCCUGGGAGAUGGAACCUCCCAGAGGUCCCUCUCUAAACCUCCCAGAGGUCAAAACUACUGAGUGCAACCUCCCAGAGGUCCCUUUAACAAGCCUCCCAGAGGUCCACACCAACAGAGGUCCCCUAGCAAACCUCCCAGAUAUAAACCCUAACAAAUGUCCCAGGAGUCCCUCUAGAAACAACCUCCCAGAGGUCCCUCUAACAAACCUCCCAGAGGUCCCUUUAACAAGCCUCCCAGAGGUCCCUUUAACAAAGCCUCCCAGAGGUCCCUCUAGCAAACCUCCCAGAGGUCCCUCUGACGAACCUCCCAGAGGUCCCUCUGACGAACCUCCCAGAGGCCCCUCUGCCAACCUCCCAGAGUCCCUCUAA